CUCAGGCGUAUGGUGCUGAAACCGAGGCUGUAACGUCAUGCUCGACUCUAAACCUCACCCACCCUCCCAGAGGCGAGCAGCUCUUUCACAGGCACAGGCGCAGACGGACUGACUGGCUGGAGCUGUAGCCGAUUGCUGUAGUUAACGGACACACUGCACAAUGCGUGAAUACAAGUUAGUAGUCCUCGGAUCAGGAGGUGUCGGCAAGUCUGCGCUGACUGUUCAGUUUGUCCAAGGGAUCUUUGUGGAAAAGUAUGACCCCACAAUAGAAGACUCGUACAGAAAGGCAAUGGAGGUGGAUGGACAGCAGUGUAUGUUGGAAAUUCUGGAUACUGCCGGAACGGAACAAUUCACAGCCAUGAGGGACCUGUACAUGAAGAACGGCCAGGGCUUUGCACUAGUAUACUCCAUAACAGCACAGUCCACCUUCAACGAUCUGCAGGACUUGAGAGAACAGAUUCUGCGGGUCAAAGACACGGAUGAUGUGCCGAUGAUUCUUGUGGGUAAUAAGUGUGAUCUGGAAGACGAGAGGGUGGUCGGGAAGGAACAGGGCCAGAAUCUCGCCCGUCAGUGGAACAGCUGUGCUUUCCUGGAGUCCUCUGCAAAGUCCAAGAUUAACGUCAAUGAGAUCUUCUAUGACCUGGUCCGGCAAAUCAACAGGAAAACUCCAGUACCUGGAAAGGCACGCAAAAAGUCCACCUGCCAGCUGCUCUAAUAUACAGCUGUUCUUUUGCUCUGAGCCAGGUCUGAUUUACUGCUGUGUCUUUCAGCAGUGCCAGCAUUCCGACGUUACUAAAACCUAACAUCGAAUGGACUUUCCUAUGUGGUGAUGCCCCUUUAACAAACAAACCAACCAACCAACCAAACAACAACCAACCAACGGAUUCAAGGCUACAGUACCAUGACAGUUUUUUGCACAUAGAUAACCAUCAUCACUUUCCAGUGUCGCGAGAAAGAGAUUUUUACAUAUAAAUAUAUAAAUAUAUAUUCUAACUGUAUGCAACUGAAUAAAAAAAUAAGUAAAUGAAUACAAAGCUAGACAAAAAGAAUUUUAAAAAAUACAGAGCCUACACGCAGUGUUAUCGCUAACGGAGACAGCCACCGUUGUAAAUGUAAGGAGGAAUGUGUAACCAGGCUGUGCACGUUGCCAUGGCAAUUACAAUGAUAUUUAUAAACACCACUAUUUUAGCCAGAGAGGAGAGGAAGUCCAAAGAGCUCCUAUAUAAACCAUUCUUACAGCUAACUUUCACUCCUUUUUUUUUUUGUUUGUUUGUUGAUGAAUAUUUUGUAACUUUGUUUUGCUUUUACUCUAAACAUGAUUUCACUAUCUUCUGCCUUUUUUUCUCUUUUAUAAAAUUACUAGAUUUUUUUUGCUCUAUGGAGAUGUUAUAUUCACAAUGGCUAUUGAUGAGUUUUACUUAGGAAAACCUGUGGAUACAAUGAUGUACAUGUAAAAAGUUAAAAAAUAUAAUUUUUUUUCUGUCACUAUCAUUGUCCUUAGCCUCAGAUGUUGCCUUCAAAUACGUGUUAAGACCUUUUAGUCUUUUUUUCUUAUUUUUCCUGAGGAUUCAUUUCUAUCAUCUUAGGUCCAGCUCAUACGCCAUGCCGGAUUUUUUUGUUUACGAAGAACUUUGUACAGCAGGCUUUUUUUCAAAAAGGGGUAUUAAAAAAAGAAAGGGUUUGACAGUUUAGUUUUAGUAUCCGUCUGAAGUUCAUCUUUUGGGUGGUCUCGUAAUAAAUAGUCAAAUCCCUCUUGAUCCUGAUCAAACGUAGGACAGUAUAUAUUUUAAAGAAUUGGGGUUUUUAAUACACAGGAAUGACAAAGUGUACAACAAGAUACUCAAAUUUGCCCCCUUUCCCUGCUUGCGAUGCAUCUGGUGUAAACUGAGGAUAUGAAAACCAAAUAUUGGAUCCUGUCAGUAAAGAGUGAGGAGAAAAGAUGUCUGUUAGUGACUGUUUCGACUUUGUAAUAAUUUGCCCUGUUUUCUGUCUUCGUUACUGUUGGAUUAACUGAAUGUGGGGUGUGGGGAUUUUGUGUUAAGCGAGAAA